CCAAGUCCUCUCUUCUCAAACUCUGAGCCCAAGGGAACCCCGGCCACAUCUCCUCCAAACACACAGAGGACCUCAGAUCCCUUCCUGGGUACCCCAAACUCAGCCCUAGUGGGGUGCUCAGAUCUCUCAGGAAAAUCAGUUUCCCUUUUGUCAGCCCCCCAGCGGAGACCCCAAAGCAGCCCCUUGGAGCUGCAGGGAGCUUCAGCGGGCACCAGAUCUCAUUCCUCUGGAGCUCUUGGGGUUGACCCCCUCCUGGGAACCCGGACUCUAUCUCUAAGCCUCGGGGUGGGGGCCUUGCUUUUCCUCUGGGCCCCAUCUUCUUUGCCAAGUUCUUGAGGGCAACCUAGACCCUCCUCUGAACCCCAGAGGCUUCCCCAACCCCGGGGAUCGUUUUUCUCUUCUGAACCCAAGAAGCAUUCUCGACUUUCCCAUUUGAGAUUCCAGAGAGGACUCGGCUCUCCCUCUUUCAUAUCCAGGGGAAACUGAGUCCGUCACCCCCUUCAAGACCCCAGGCCGCUCCUCGCUCCCGCCCCUCGAGGCCCCUCGUCGGCUCUGCCUCCUCCCCCUUCUCGACCCCACCGGCCAUAAGAUGAUGAUGUGGUCCAACUUCUUCCUGCAAGAGGAGAACCGGCGGCGGGCGGCCGCGGGCCGGCGGCGGGCGCAAGGGCAGCGCGGGUCGGGGCUGACGCCCGAGCGCGAGGGGAAGGUGAAGCUGGCGCUGCUGCUGGCCGCCGUGGGCGCCACGCUGGCGGUGCUGUCCGUGGGCACCGAGUUCUGGGUGGAGCUCAACACCUACAAGGCCAACGGCAGCACCGUGUGCGAAGCGGCCCACCUGGGGCUGUGGAAGGUGUGCACCAAGCGGCUGUGGCAGGCGGACGUGCCCGCGGACAGGGACACCUGCGGCCCCGCGGAGCUGCCCGGAGAAGCAAACUGCACCUAUUUUAAAUUCUUCACCACAGGGGAGAAUGCACGCAUCUUUCAGAGAACCACAAAGAAAGAGGUGAAUCUGGCAGCUGCGGUGAUAGCAGUGCUGGGCCUGGCAGUCAUGGCCUUGGGGUGCCUCUGUAUCAUCAUGGUGCUCAGUAAAGGUGCAGAGUUCCUGCUCCGAGUUGGAGCUGCCUGCUUUGGCCUCUCAGGCCUGCUGCUUUUGGUGAGUCUGGAGGUGUUCCGGCAUUCCGUGAGGGCCCUGCUGCAGAGAGUCAGCCCGGAGCCUCCACCAGCCCCACGCCUCACCUAUGAGUACUCCUGGUCCCUGGGCUGUGGCGUGGGGGCCGGCCUGAUCCUGCUGCUGGGGUCUGGCUGCUUUCUGCUGCUCACACUGCCUUCCUGGCCCUGGGGGUCCCUCUGUCCCAAGCGGGGGCACCGGGCCACCUAGAGCCACGGGUGAGACUUCUCUAAGCAACCACCAAGCCCUUUGACCUUCUCCAUUGUACCCCCAAGAUCUUUUUGCCCCAUCUCCUAGAGAAACUGUGUUCUCCCUGCUCGGGGGCCCAUGUUUUUUUACACGCCUGCUUCCUGUCCCCUUAUCCUUUCUCCCUCUGUAAAUACGUUUUUCUCGGUGCCUGUAUGUGGGUUGCUUGGGGGUGGGAUGGGAAGAGGCUCCUUGCAAACGACGGUCCCCAGAGAAGACUGGCGGGGACCUGAUGGGAUAGCUGGGGUGUGGGGUCGGGGGAUGAGGUCAGGGGGUCUUGGGUGGGAGUUGGGGGCCCCUUCAUUUCCCAGGUCUGGAUCGAUUCACUUGCCAGGAGAGACUUUUUACAACUCAUCUGCAGCUCAGGGUGGGGUUGGGGGAGAUAGGGAAGGGUCUGACCUGGCUGUGAUCUGAUUUGGGAUUAAAGGUUUGGAAAUUUAA